AUCAGCUCUCGAGAAGGUGGGUUACCUACCGCAGAAAGUUGCAGAGCGACAUCACUGUUGGAGCACGGUUGCUUCGGUUUGACAGCACAGGGCGACACUUUUGAACACCCCACACAUUUUCAAGCUAGUAAAAGAAGCAGGUGUGUACAAGUCCGCUAUACAACAUCUUCCAAAUUAUUCAGAGAUGUUGGCGUGCACGGAGAUGAUCACCAUGUGCCUUCAGUCGGCAAAACAGAAGCAUCUUCGCGCUCAGCAGCAGCCACUGCGUAGCCACGUUAAUGGACUUCCAAUUUUCAAAGAUAUUUUCCGCCGUGCUGACAAGAAUGAUGACGGGAAACUGUCGUUUGAUGAGUUCAAUGCUUAUUUUGCCGACGGGAUUCUCACCACUGAGGAGUUGCAGGAGCUCUUCUACUCCAUAGAUGGAAGGCAGAAUAACAACCUAGACACCGACAAGCUUUCAGAUUACUUUGCUCAACACUUGGGGGAGUAUAUGAAUGUCCUCUCUGCUCUGGAAACCCUAAACGUCGCCAUCUUGAAGGCCAUGGACAAAACUAAAGAGGAGUACCAGGGCUCCUCUGUGCUGGGACAGUUUGUGACCCGCUUCAUGCUGAGGGAGACCUCCAGCCAGCUGCUCUCUCUUCAAAUGUCCCUGCAGUGUGCCAUGGAGGCUGUGGAGGAGCAAAGCAGCCCUGCGCCGAGAGAGGUGAAGGUGGUGGAGCAUCCCUCGGCGCAGAGGAACAGCAGGCGAUGUGGCCGCAAGGUUCAGAAGAACAUGUGCCUCUCCCCCACUGACCCCUACUCAGGCAUUCUCACUACAGGAUUGACCAUGGAGACUGAUGACCAGUGGUGCUCCCAGAUCACCAGGCUCCAGUUGCUAUUGGACAAGCUGGAGUGGCAGAGUCCAAAAUUGGAACCCCUGAAAGAAGAUACGAUGGCCAGUACAUAUAAAUCUAACAUCCUGCUGGUGCAGAGGCAGAUGAUGGCGACGGAGGAGGACCUCGAGGAGUUCCAGAGGGUACUCAAGAGCUACGUGGACGCCACAUCCAACCACAGCGACAACUUGCAUGUGUCUAUCCAGAAGCUCCCAGGGAAGUCGUGCUUCAUAAUAUAUGAGUUUUGGCAGGAUCGUAUCUCCUGGAUGAGCUACCUGCAGUCCGAUGCCAGUAAGAAUUUCCAGCGCUGUGUCAUUGAUAUGCUGGAGGAUCCCAAGCUUGUGUCUACCAUGCUGCUCCCAGCAUCCUGGUGGAUCAUGACUAACAACUAACAACAGAACACCAUAUCUCCCGCUCGCCCCCACACACAACACAACCCCAAGACAAGAGAUUCAAAAGGCAUCCAAGUGUUUCUGUGCGGACACAGAACACUGCGUUACUACAGUGUCGUUCUGCAACAUAUUUCUUAUGUACCGUCAACUAAUACUGGUCAUUACCAUAAUGUGCUGUUUCUCAACAACAAAAAAAGGGUGCGAGGAAAAGCAUCCAAAUGUAUAGACAUGAAAGCGAUUCUUUGCAUUGUAAAAGCCAAUGGCGCCGCUUUUGAAGCUCUCACUCCGAUACCAUGUUAUAAUCGAUCACGUGGCUUGAAUGAAAUGAUUCUAGUUUAGUCAGUGCAUUUUCAUUCCUGACAGCGAUGGAGACACAUACAGUUACUGCAAUGUGAUACACUACAUGCUUUUUAAUGACUACUUGCUAUAACUUGCUUACACUUCAGUAGAAUGUGAAGAGAACGACUGGAGCUCGCCAUUUAAAAUGCAUGCAGACCAAUGUUUGACCGAGCCUCAGAAAUUAGUUGCUUUGCAUUCUCAAUGCGUAACCUACAGAUAAUUUAUUUCCUGAGAUAGGAGCCAAUAUGUGAUGUGUUUCAAAUGCUGAAUGGUUCCUACUCUAGUCGGGGGGGGUAGUUGCACCCUGCUGCUGUCUUAUUGUUACAUAAGGGACCCCUUGCAAUGGAAUCUUUCUAUUGUUAGGUUUUCUAGUGGUUUGAGUUACGUUGCCUGUCUUUAAAGGACUUUGUCCCAGAUAAUUAACCUGUUUAAAGAAAGUAUGUAUCUAUUAAGCCUAUAAAGGAGGAUACUUUGCAAUGACAUUUCUUUGUGUGUCACCUUCAAGACAUAGCUAUCAUAGGACUGUACCUUCAAGACAUAGCUAUCAUAGGACUGUACCUUCAAGACAUAGCUAUCAUAGGACUGCACCUUCAAGACAUAGCUAUCAUAGGACUGUACCUUCAAGACAUAGCUAUCAUAGGACUGUACCUUCAAGACAUAGCUAUCAUAGGACUGCACCUUCAAGACAUAGCUAUCAUAGGACUGCACCUUCAAGACAUAGCUAUCAUAGGACUGUACCUUCAAGACAUAGCUAUCAUAGGACUGUACCUUCAAGACAUAGCUAUCAUAGGACUGCACCUUCAAGACAUAGCUAUCAUAGGACUGCACCUUCAAGACAUAGCUAUCAUAGGACUGUACCUUCAAGACAUAGCUAUCAUAGGACUGCACCUUCAAGACAUAGCUAUCAUAGGACUGUACCUUCAAGACAUAGCUAUCAUAGGACUGUACCUUCAAGACAUAGCUAUCAUAGGACUGUACCUUCAAGACAUAGCUAUCAUAGGACUGUACCUUCAAGACAUAGCUAUCAUAGGACUGCACCUUCAAGACAUAGCUAUCAUAGGACUGUACUUUUCCCCCUAUCUUUCCAUAGUUUACUUUAUUUAAGAGAAUAGUAAGAGAAUCAGUCAUGUGCAGAUGGAUGUGUUGUCAUUGUGCUUUUGUUAAUGAAGUAUCUUUUCCAUUUAGAAAUUCAACAUAUUCACUUUAAUAAAAGUCAAUGGCCAGUCA